GAUACGUUUCAUAAUAAAUAACAAUGGUAAUAAUUAUCUUCUAAAUAUAUUCAACCUUGGAUAUAAAAUCCACUUAUUUCAUUUAUUUUUUCUCCUUCUACAUCAACGCGUCUCUCCCACUUUUUGAAUGUUAUUUUAUGAUAUAAGUUUUCUAGUUUUAUGACAGUCCACUUGUUUGCAAUAAAUUUAUCCAAAUACGCACAUGAUAAAUUACGUAACGUGAUAAAAAAAAAUAAAAACACAAGCCAGAGUUUACAGUUAUCGUUUAUUAACAAUUAAAAUAUAAAAUCAUAUUAUAAAUAAAAAAAAACAAAUUUAAAAUGGAAUUAUUAACAUUUUUACUGUGGAUGUUAAUAAUCGGUGUGACAAGUGGAUUGUAUAUGUUAUAUUCACAAAUGACCUACUGGUCAGGUAAAAGUGUACCGUAUGAAAAAGUAACACCAAUCAUUGGAAGUCUAGCACCAGUAUUUUUUCGAAAAAAAUCAUUCGCAGAAUUUAUUUAUGAAGCGUAUAAUAAAUACAAGGAUGCAAAAUAUUAUGGAAUGAUGGAUUUUAAUACACCAACAAUAUUAGUAAAAGAUAUUGAUUUAUUAAAAGACAUUUGUAUUAAAAAUUUUGAUAAUAAUCCAAAUCAUAAAAGCUUUAUUGACGAACGUAUGGAUCCAAUAAUGUCAAAAAAUGUAUUUUCAUUACGUGAUGAACGUUGGAAAAAAGUACGUGCUACAUUAAGUCCAUCAUUUACAGCAAGUAAAAUGAAAUUUAUGUUUAAUCUUGUAUCAAAAUGUGCUGAUGAUUUUGUUAAAUAUUUAAUUGAUAAUCCAGAAUUAAUAAAAUCAAUGGAAAUGAAAGAUGCGUUUACACGUUAUACAAAUGAUGUUAUUGCAACAUCAGCAUUUGGUAUUAGUGUUGAUUCAAUGAGAGAUCGUAAUAAUGAUUUUUAUUUAUAUGGUAAAGAUGCAACAUCAUUUGAUGGUAUUUUUAAAACAUUUAAAUUUAUAUUUGCAAGAUUUUUUCCAAGGUUUAUGAAGUUUCUUGGUUUUCAAUUUUUAUCUGCAAAAACAGAUAAAUUUUUUAAAAAAUUAAUGCAUGAAACAGUUAAAAUGAGAGAUGAAAAAUCAAUUGUAAGACCUGAUAUGAUACAUUUGUUAAUGCAAGCAAGAGACAAUGACAAUGGUAUUAGCAUUGACAUUGAUGACAUAAUUGCACAGGCAUUUAUAUUUUUUCUUGCUGGUUUUGAUACAACUUCAUCGCAUAUGACAUUUUUAUUUCAUCUAUUGGCUUUUAAUAAAGAUGUACAGGAUAAAUUAUAUGACGAAAUUCAAUCAUUGACUGAUAAUGGAGAAAUAACAUAUGAAGCAUUAUUAAAAAUGAAAUACAUGGAUAUGGUUAUGCAUGAAGCUAUGAGAAUGUAUCCACCAGCUGUUGUUACUGAUCGUGUUUGUGUAACACCAUUUAAAUUACCACCUGCUAUGCCAGGUUGUAAAGAAAUUAUUGUUGAACGUGAUACAAUUUUUUGGAUACCUAUUUAUGGUAUUCAUAUGGAUCCAAAUUAUUUUCCACAACCAGAUAAAUUUGAUCCAGAAAGAUUCAAUGAUGAUAAUAAAGAUAAUAUUUUGCCAAAUACAUUAAUUGGAUUUGGAUUGGGUCCACGUAAAUGUAUCGGUGAAAGAUUUGCUGUUAUGGAAACUAAAAUUAUUAUUGCAAAAAUAUUGAAAAAAUUUAUUAUCAAUCCAACUGAUAAAACUAAAGAAAAAAUUGUUUUCGAUAAAGCUAGUUUUAACAUUAAAAAUGAGGGUGGUGUUUGGUUAAAUUUUGAAUUGAGAAAAUAAUAAAUAUAAUUUAUUGUUUUAUUAGCAAGUGUUUUUUUUAUAAUUUAAAAUUUUUUUAUUUUAUUCUCAAUGACAAUUAGUUGGUUUAUUUUAUUUUUUAAAAUUUUUUUCUAAGAUAAACUACAGUUGCUUGUCAUCAUUAGAAAAAAAUAAUGCGCAAAUAAUACUUGCUAUUUAUAAAUUAACUCAAGGCCAGCAUUCAAUACAUAGAAAAUUGUUAUUAAUUUUUAAAAUCCAAUUAAUCAACUGUUGAUUUUUUUAUUAUCAUUAUCUAA